AGUUCAGGCUGGCUUUAAGCUUACUUUGUAGCCAAGACUGGUCUUGAACUCACAACAAUCCUCCUGCCUCAGCCUCCCAGGUGCUAGGAUUACAAGUGUACACCACCACAUCCUGCUUUCAUUUCAGAUUUUCAUUUCAGAUGGGUGGACACAAUUUUUUCUACUUAUUUUCUCUUGGACUUUUCCUGGUUGAGCUGGAGGUCUGGGGUUGGCCUUCGCUUCCACACCUAGUCAUUUUCUAUUUUUUUAUAGCCUAUGAAUUUCUUUUUGUGUUAAAUGUUUUUUUUUUUUCUAUUGCAUACCAUUUGUUUUGUUUCUUGAUAUAUUCUUUUCUUCUGUGUCUUUUGAUUGGUGGAUUGAGUCCAUUUACAUUGAUAGUUACAAUUGAUGGGUGUUGACUUAUUCCUGUCUUUUGUUCCUUUCUCUUUACUUAAUUGCUACCUGAUGUAUUCAUUUUGUUGGACCUUUUGGUGUUGUUAGUUUUAUUGUCUCCUUGGAUAUCCUUGGGAAUUUUUCAAAGUGUUGAUUUGAUGAUCAUGAAUUUUUUUAUGAUUUUUUUUGUCAUGGAAGAUUCUUAUCUUUCUAUAAAUUUUGAAAGAUGAUUCUGCAAGAUAUAAGAAUCUGGAUCAGAAGUUGUUUUCUCUAAUAGUUUGAAAGACUUUGUUCCAAACUCUCCUUGUCUUUUGAGAAGUCUGUUAUAAUUCUGAUGAACAUUCUUUUAAAGAUAUUUCAUUGCUUUUCUCUAGUAGGCUUUGAGAUUUUGUUCUCAUACUGUUUUUGGUAUUUUAAUUAUUAUGUGGCAUGGAGUGUUUUUUGUUUUUUAUUCUGACCAUGGCUGUUCAGGGUUCUAUAUACUUCACUUACACAUAUAUUAAAUUCUUUUUCCAAGUGCAGCAAGUUUCCUGCUAUUACUUGAACAAGCAGAUUAUUUAUGUCCUUUGCACUGUCAUCUGAUUUUUCACUUGUGCCAGUUACUCUUAUAUUAGUUCUCUUUGAUUCAUCCAGGAACUGUUGGAUCCAUUUUCCAUGGUUCCUUGUUGUUUUUAAGGUAUCUCUCAUUAAUUAACCAUUUACCACAGCCAGGUCCUCUAGGUCUGACACUCUGUCUUCAUACUGGUUUUUUCUGCUGCCCAUACUUUCAGUCCUGUUUUUAAUGUCCUCAGUUUCUCUUUGGAACUUUUCUCCCAUUUUUUUAUAUGCUCAGCAUUCGUGUUGUGAGUUUUUUCUCUAACUCCAUUAAUUGUUUAUUAGUGUAUUCUCUAGACUCACUGAUUAUGUGACUAGUUAUAGCUUUUUUCAAUUUCCCCUACACCUAACAGAAUUGUUUUGCUUCCAUUGGUACUGUUUCAGACCUCUCAACUGUGUAGCUUAUAAUUUCCUCCCCUUCACUGCCCCAAUACCAGUUUUGGGGGAGUUGGGAGGUUUUGGAGACAUUUGGUUGUCUUGUCUUUUUAUGUUUUGGUUUUGUUGUUGUUUGCUUGUUUAUUGUGCUGGCAUUUGCAAAUUCUUUGGCCUAGUGUCCUGUUCUUCAGGCACAGGCCACAAUAUUGUUUAUGAUUCCUCCAGGCAAUCCAGGUAUUGACAUAGUUGCCAGCCACUACUGUGUUACCUUGUCUGUGGUAGUAAAUUCAGCAACAGCACUGGCAUCAAAUGUCAAGUGGAUUUGACAAACCCUAAGAACUACUCAUGAAUAGCCUUUUACCAAAACAAAGAGUUCUCUGAUUUUAGUGAAGACUUUUAGGUCCACUUUAUAUUGAUCUACAGUAAUUCAGAGCACUGAUUUCUGCUGGAUGUUGGUAGCAGUGCCAGAACUAAAAAUACCACUAAACUAAAAACCUUUUCUUCAGGACCACCCAGGGUAUCCCAGGAGAUCCCUCUCCAAGCCUGUCUCCCAAGGUUGUCUCUCACCUGCUCUGUGGAGGGGCAUGACUUUGGUCUGAAAGUGAAACUCUCCUCCUGGAUGUUGAUCUCUUCCUUGAUCCAAUCAGUCUGUUGAUUGUCAACUUUCUUACCCUGUGGAGAAGCCUGGGACUGGAGGUGGGACAAUUCUCUUUUUUCCUGGCACCGGUGCAAGGUUCAGCGGGUGGUCUGGAGUGGCAGCUGGGUCCGGAGGUGUAGUUCUCAGGUUCUCCCACUCAAGCAGAAUCAAACUUGUAAGCCCAGCCUGACUUCUUUCUUCUUGUUUUAAAUUUUAAAUGAGCUAAUUUAAGAAGGUGUUUUGUACUGUGUCUAAUCUAUAGUAAAUUGUUUAAAAUUUGAGUUAUUUCAUCAAGAAGAAGAAGAGAAUCAAAUGUUAUGAAGUACAUUAGAAAAAGGGUAGGCAAACUUUUUGUAUGAAAGUUUUAGGCACUGGGGACCAUGCCAUGUCUUUAUCAACUAUUCACCUCUGUCAUGGAAGUAUGAAAGCAGCCAUAGAUCAUAUGAAUAUGGCAGGGUUUCAACUUAACUUUACUAAAACCAGUGGCAAGUGCGUUAGGAUCUCAGGGUAUAGUUUGCCAACUCCUGAAACAGAAAAAUACAUUUAACAGUGGGCUCUCAGUUUUAAUGUUUUUAGCCAAGUAAAAUAAGGACUGAAUCUUUUUUCAUGUGUUUGGAAACUUAGAAGUCCCCCUGUUCCAGUACUGGGAGUUGAACCCAGGCCCUUGUACGUCCAGACAAAUACUUUACCAUUGAGCUAAGUCCCCAAUGUCCUUCCUGCUCAUUGUAAAAUUUUGAGACAAAAUUUCCCAGGCUGCCCUCAAAUUUGAUAUCCUCCUGCCUCAAUCUCUAAGAAGUGUCCUGCUGGGGUUAAAAAUGUGGACCACCAUACUCAGCAGGAGGUCAAUUUUUAUAAGCUUUAUAAGAGCGGUUACUGGGUGAUAAUAAGUAUAUAAACCUGGUACAGAUUACACAGAUGCAUAAGAGGCAAGGAUGUGAGAACCAGAAUGGUAGGCCCUUAUUUGAAGAACCUUGAUUUUGAAUGAAAGGAGAGUGUCUAAGCAAGAAGAAUAUUUCAUUUCAAAUGCUUGUAUUUAUGUUUUGCUUUUUUAUUUUUUUUAAUUUUUAUUUUUAACUUAAGUUGUUCUUGACUUUGUUUAUAUACCACAGGGAAGAAAUCAAUACAGAAUGAAAGGGUAAAAAUGCAAUACGAUAUCUUCUUUUGGAAAGAAAAAAAAAACAGAAAUAGAAACAAGAACAAGGAGGAAAUAAUUCAUGAAAUGAGGUGGGCCCUGGCGCUUUUAGUAGCAACCACCUUAAAUAUUAGAAUAACGUGUAGAAGAAAGACAAUGGUAGCACUACAGACUAGGGAAACCGUUAUACUCAACUUACUAUCUCGUACCAUGAGAACUAACUGUGUAAAGUCUUUUAACUGCCACCACUAAUAAAGGAGCUCUAACAUAGGAGGGGUUAAGCUUUUCCCUACAUUGCAUUAUCUUUGUAGUAAGUUUCCCUAUUACCAUAAAAGUUGUAAAUAUAACUGAUGGUGUGCCAGUUAAUCUUAAUUGCCUACUUGACUGGAUUAAGAGACUCCUGGAGAGGUGACUGAGUCAUGGGGUUGUUAAUCCACCAAUAUUCAUGCUGCGUGUCCUGUUAGGAUAUGUGUCACUGGGGGUGUGCCUUUCAAGGGGAUGCAGCUUACUGGCACUUUUCCCCAGUGCUGGCUUUCUUGGUUGCCAUAAAAUGAGCAGUUUUGCUCCACUACACCUUCCUGCCAUGAUGUUCCUGCCUUGGUUCGUGGAAUUGAUAGAAUAAUGAUAGUUACAAUAGAGUAAAGGAGGAAUAGGUGUUACAUACUUGCCAUUUUAAGAGGCAAUGGCUUUCUCUUGAGGUAAGUAUAAUUUUGGUUGUCUUAAAAAUAAGCAAAAAGGGUCAAUUUUAGAGUAACUAGAAAUUUAGAUAAGUUACUACUCAGGAUGUUAGUAAGUGCUAUUAUCUACCCCAAGAUGAGAUUUCUUUUCAAAUGUUUGGGCAAAUCUGGAUCUUCCUUAUCCUUCAAACACGCAUACCCAUACACUUUGUGUGUGUGUGUGUGUGUGUGUGUGUGUGUGUGUGUGUGUAUGUAGAUAAUUGUAGAUUUGCUCAAAUAGGGAGUGGAGUGAUCUCACAACUUUCAUUAUCUCCAAGAUAUGACUGGCAGCACUGAAAUCUAGUUAUGACUUCCUUAUUUCCUUUGGGAUAGCUCAGUGGCCAAAUGCUUCUGAUAGACAUAUUUCAUGAAACACCUUUCAUGUUUUAAACAGCAAGCCAAGACAGUGUUGCAAAAAAAAAAAAAAAAUUCCUCAAGAAACUUUAUAAGCUUUGUAUGUUCUAUUCUUGAUAGUAUAUCAAUAGAUCCUUUCGGAAAAAGUUAUCACAUAUCUUAAAGUAUUUGAGAAGAUAUUUUGUAAGUGGCUACAGACAUAUACACAUAUAUAGCUAUCAUAGAGAUUGUACUCCAAACUGGGUUGAAAAAGGGAAAAACAGUGUUUCUUUUCUAGUAAUUGUUAACCCCAUCACUAGAUAAAUAUAAAUUGUUCUAAGAGUAAAACCAGUGCCAUAACAAAUCUCUACAAUCUGCAUGUGCUCCAGACAAUCAAGUGGCAUGCUUUACUGUCACCGUGUACAAAGGCUGUUUAACUUCAGGUAGCAGGGGCAAUGACAUUUGCUCCUUUUUAAACUUCUCCGCCUAUCAUAUCAUUCAGACCAAUAUCCGUAGCUUUCCUGUAUCACUGGAGGACAUAUAGAAACCUGGGGCGAGAAUGGUUAAGUGAAAGAAGGAUGCAUCCAGGAAUCAGGGGUUUAGAAAGAUGCUGAUGAGAGAGAGAAUCUUAAGGAAAGAAUAAUGCAGCUGUUAUGUAUGUUGUUGCCCUCAGCCAGGAAUUUUUUUCACCCUUUGAUUUGUUAUCUGACUCCUUGAACAUAAUGAAAUCGAAAUAUAAAAUCCACAAUUACAUGGCUUUGCAGAAAGUUGAGCCGCAGAAUAAUUUUAUUCUAAAUUGAUGUCAUUAGAUUCUAGAGUGUGCUGUCAUCACAGUCUGUUAUUGUCAUGUUAAUUCCACCAGCAGCUUAACUAUUCAGUCUUCUGGCCUGUUCCACCUACGCAGGGCAUUUCAUGGUUUAAGGAUGAUGGCUUAGAAGGGAAAGGAAGAUUUACUUUGGAUUAAACUCAAUAUGGGAAAAUGCUUAAGCUGCUGCAAAGAGGACAAGAGCUUCCAGUCAGACUGUUUUGAAGACCAGUUUGCAUCAGACCCCCAGCAUCAUGGAGUCUCUUCUGUGUCACAGCCAAAUAUUUCUUUUGGUCUUAAUCCAUAUCAUCCUUCUGCAACAUACGCAGUCAGUACACCCAAAAGAAGUAGAAAAUCAUCCUGUUUGUCAAGUCCAUCUACUAGUUCAAGUUUUUCUGGAAAAAGUCCGUUUUUAUUUUUUAGACUUCAGAAAAGCAAGUCUUUGCUUUGUUGGUGUCAAAGUAGAGCUGACUUCGAUUCUGAAGAAGACACAAACGUCAGUGAUGGACAAUCUUGUUCAAAUUAUUUUGAUUCUUUUAGAUCCAAUACACAUUUUUCUUCCUGUAAACUAAGCAGAGUUGCCUGUAAUAGGACUGCCAGCUUUUUUGAUACUCAGCCGAAUAAUCAAGACAUAUUUAAUCUAAAUGAAAUAGAAAUAUUUUCUAAAAGCCCGAGCUAUAUCCCAUCCAUGAAUGAAUCUACCGCAGGCAUCACUGAAGAGGAAAACUUUGCUGUCUUGUCUCAAGUGGAAGACAAACCUUCAUCUACUGAAAUUCCUAAAAUCAGGUAUAUUACAGCUAAUACUGACACAGAAGAACAGAGUUUUCCAGUGCAUACGGCAUUGAACACACAUACAGAGGAACUGAAGUUAGAUAUCCUUCUUCAAAAGGCAGACCAUUUACGCAUGACUGAGUCUGGAAAGAUGGAGAGUUUUGAACUACUGUGUGACCACAAAGAAAAGUUUAGAGAUGAAAUAGAAUUUGUGUGGCGGUUUGCUCGGGCUUAUGGAGACAUGUUUGAGCUGUCUGCAAACACACAAGACAAGAAACAUUAUGCUAAUAUUGGAAAAACAAUAGGUGAAAAAGCUAUUACUAGAGCACCUAUGAAUGGCCACUGUCACCUGUGGUAUGCAGUUUUGUGUGGCUAUGUAUCACAGUUUGAAGGCUUACAAAAUAAAAUCAACUAUGGACAUCGCUUCAAGGAACAUCUAGAUAUAGCAAUCCAACUUUUACCUGAAGAACCCUUUUUAUAUUACCUCAAUGGAAGAUACUGUUAUACUGUCUCAAAACUCAGCUGGAUUGAGAAAAAAAUGGCAGCUACUCUUUUUGGAAAAGUACCAUCUUCAACUGUACAAGAAGCUUUGUGUAAUUUCCUUAAGGCUGAAGAAAUACAUCCUGGUUAUUCUCUACUCAAUUACAUGUACUUGGCCAAGUGUUAUGUAGAUCUUGAGGAAAAUCAGAAUGCUUGGAAGUUCUGUAAUUUGGCAUUGUUACUUCCCACUGUUACCAAAGAGGAUAAAGAAGCACAGACAGAGGUGAAAGCAAUAAUCAAGUCCUUGAAGCGGGUGCUUGACUUUGAAGGAGACAAUAUCUGAAGAAUGUUGCUGAAAUGAAGACUUCCCCUGCUGGGCCACUGAGGCCAAGCUAACGGUGCAUCUUCCCUUCACAGAUGAAGCACACCAACUGCUAACCUCUCAAGAGACAUCACGCGCAACUUUGGAAGUGUGGAGUUCAGAACCUGAACUUUGAAUAUGCUCAAUUUCAGAAGAGAAGAAUCAAACAGUUUUUGCAAUUUCUCAUAAGACAUUAAACUAACUUAAUGUUCUACUAGAAUUUUAAGAAGCGUCAUGUCCAUGCAUUGCAGUGUUAGCUCUCUCUCUCUUGCUAAGUAACAAAUAGCCUUCAUGGUAACAUAAAGAUCUAUGCCAUUUCUCAGUUGCUUUGCACCUUAUAAUAUGUUUUGUACUUUUGAAUUACUGAAAGCAGUGGCAAAGCAGGAAAGGACCAUAAAUACAGUCUUCUGCAUCAAGCUUCUCUCAUUUUACCAAUAAGCAAUUUAAACUCUGAUGUACAGGUCACACAGUCAACAUCAGAGAACUAGACUGGCUGAACCCAGCUAAGCGCUGGGCCUUGGAAUCUCAGGUCCUCUGCAUGGUACUGAGCAUAGGGCUGUUUGCAUUGAACUGAUUGGGCUCUAAUGUGCCUGGCACAGAGUGGAGGCUCUCAGAAGGGUAACCAUACCGAUUUAUUUAAUCUCCACAUCAACUCUAUAAGGAAAGUAGGUUUGCUUUUACCCUAUUUAUCGAUAGGGGAGCUAAAGCAUGUGAUAUUAAAUUUCAACCCUAACACAGUGAGCAUAAAAUCUGAGCUGGGCAGCCUGCUCCAGAGUCUGUGGUGUAAUCUGGACCACUGUACAACCGUGUCAGCACUUGGGGAACAUGGGGAUCAGGGGAGUGGAAGGAGGUGCAGGGACAGGAAAGGGAGGGGGAAGAAGUCUUUAAAGUAGAAAGGGAUCCCAAGGAGAAAGAAAAGAGAGCUAGGAAGUAAAGGUGAAGAAAAACCUUAUAUUUAUGUUUUGGAUAUUACGAUGCAUUGUCUAGUUUCUCUUCAUAAAUAUCUAACAAUCUAUUAGGUGUCUUCCUUUAUAUUAAAAUCUUUUUCAUAUGCCCAACCCCUCUUCCCCGAAUCAAGAUAAGGAGAGAUGAUGAUGAAGAAGAAUGUUAAUUACUUAAACCUUGUCUGUGUGUAUAGGGAGAGCCUGACUGUGGACUUUAUGACCCAUUAAUUGUGCAAUUAACCAGACAAGUGUAUUUCACAGGGAUAAGGUGCAUUUUAGAAGCAAAUAAAGCUAGUAUCUUGAAGUCAUGUGACUUUGGAACAAUUUAACCUAAAUUUGUUUUGGGUGCUGAAAACCAAAAUUAAGGGUGAGCUUUAAAAUAGUUUUAUUGGUGUGUAAUUGAUCUAUAAGUAGUUGACCAUAUUUAAAGUGUAUAGUUUGAUAAAUUUUUACAUAUGAAUGUACCUAUGUUCAAGAUAAACAUUUCCAUGACCUAAAAAAAAAGUUGUUUAUGCUUAUGUAUAAUUUCUCACCUCUCUUUCUUUGUACUAUCAUCCUGAAGCAACCACUGAUCUGCUUUUUGUUACUAUAGAUUAUAUUCUCCAGGAUUUUAUAUAAGUAGAAUUCAAUAUUAUGUAUUCUUCUCUGACUUUUUUCAUUAAGCAUAAUUAUUUUUAAAUUCAUCCACAUUGUAGUGUAUACUAAUAAUUCAUUCCUUUUUACUUCUGAAUUAUAUUUUAUUCCAUGCAUAUACCAUAAUUUGUUUCCUAAUUCAACUAUUGAUGGACAUUUGGGCUGUUUACGGUAUUUGAUUAUUAUAAAUAAAUCUUGUGUGAACAUUCAUGUGGAGUCUUUGCAUGAACAUAUAUUUUUUCAUUUCCUGGAUAAAUACCCAAAGUAGAAAGGAUGGUUAAUGUAUGUCUAUCAUUUAAAGACCUGAACUUUCCAAAGUUGUGCUGCAUUUUAAAUUUUCACUGACAGUGUAUGAAGUCCCACAUGCUCAACCUUCUUAACAAUUAACCACUGCACUAGGCUUGAGGUGACACCAGAUUGGGGUUCGAAUUUGUAUUUCCCUAAUGACAAAUAAAUAAAUAUUGAAUUUUGUCAAA